ACGUUCAAAAUGUCCUUACAUUUUAUUCAUUGAAUUCACCAUAUUAAAAAGCUAUGAAUAGGAGGUAGUGAUGGCAUGUGGUAAUAUAUAAAAUUCGUGCAGGAUUAUUCCUGUAUUUAGUAGAUAUAUGUUAUCUAUUAAUUUACUUUUAAGAUUAAAGAUAUAUUUGACAUGCCGAAAGAGUUUAAAAAUUAUUGUUAUGCAACAUUAAUACUAUGAUGAAGUAGUAAUACAUGAAAUAAUGAUAAAAUAAAGGACCUUUGAUACAUCAUCGAUAAUAUUUUUAUGAUGUUAUACUUUUUCACGCCACGAAUAUGUCGCAAUUUACCAUGCAUUUCGACAUCGAAAUUAUUAGCCACUUUGUAUUCCACCAGUUCGAAACAGAAACCAAAAGAAAUUGUACAUAUGCACGAACCAUGCAUAGAAAUGACAGAAAAAUAUCGCAAUGAUAUUGUUACUACAAAUUCACAAAUACCGUUACAUCCUGACAAAUAUAUUCUACCAAAAAAUGCUAGUCUUAAUAGUAACAAGGAAACCCGUCCAUCUGAAGAACCAGAAUGGAAACCUGUGCAAGUAGAGCUUGCUCAUCUUCAUAAAUAUUGUUUAAAAUUAUCGAAAAUUAGAUUAACUUCUUUAGUUGUGAUAACAACCAUGGGUGGUUAUGUAGUAGCACCUGGCAUGUUUGACUUAUAUACAUUCACUAUGUGUUCUGCUGGUACUGCAUUGGUCUCUUCUGCAGCUAAUGCUAUUAAUCAAUUUUUUGAAAUUCCUUUUGAUGCACAGAUGUCAAGAACAAAGAACAGAGUUUUGGUCCGUGGACAAUUAACUCCGGCCCAUGCAGUAUUAUUUGCGACUGUAUCAGGGAUUACUGGUUUGUUCAUAUUGUAUAGUCAAGUUAAUGCUAUAACUGCAAUGUUAGGUGCUGUUAAUUUAAUUCUAUAUACUCUUAUUUAUACCCCUAUGAAACGUAUUAGUAUUCUCAACACUUGGGUUGGAUCUAUUGUUGGAGCAAUACCACCACUUAUGGGUUGGGCAGGCUGUGUAGGUGAUAUAAUGGCUCCAGGGGCUUGGAUUAUGUCUGGCCUUUUGUAUGCAUGGCAAUUUCCUCACUUUAAUGCUCUUUCUUGGAAUUUAAGACCUGAUUAUUCGCGUGCAGGUUAUAGAAUGAUGUCUGUCACGAAUCCUAGCCUUUGCCGUAGAACGGCAUUAAGAUAUACAGCUGCGUUAAUGGGGUUGUCUUAUUUAGCUCCUGCAUUAGAUGUAACUAAUUGGUGGUUUGCUGGUAUGUCAACGCCACUAAACGCUUAUUUUUUGUAUCUUGCUUGGAAAUUUUAUCAGAACUCAGAUAGUGCAAGUUCUAGAAAACUCUUUCGUUUUUCACUAGUCUAUUUACCGGCGCUAAUGAUAUUAUUGCUUGUAAAUAAGAAGCAUUGGUUCGUUGGUAAAAAAAGAACAGACGUAGUAACAAACGAUGAAAGUUAUCAGAAAGAAACUUUCUUAUCAAAUCUUUCGAGAUUGAUUAUACCAACACCAUCGUCCGUUUAAUGCGAUAACACAAAAUGUCAUCGCUAGUAAAAUCAUUGACACUAUCAUAUUCUUUAAACUUGUAAAUGUGUAUUAUAAAUCUUAGUUAACAUAUUUUGUAAAGUACAAAAUCUUGUAUAUAUCAUAGAAAUCAUAAAUAAUUAUAUAAUUUGAUCUAAACAGUCGAUUCCGCUAUAUGCAGAAAUAAAUAUAGUAAUAAUUAUAACACAUACACUUAUCAGAUUAUUAAAAAAAGUAUCUGAAUAAUUUAUAUUUAGAUAUUUAAUCACUUAGAUUUGAAAAAAAAAAACACACAUCUAUUGAUCAAAUUUUGUUCACAAAACUUCAAGAAAGAAAAGUUUAUUAUUAUUAAAAAAUGUAAUAAAAAAAUGUAUUGAAUUUUCUACAUUUUAAACAGAGUUGAAUGAUAAUUGAAGCAAUAAAAUAAAAUCUACAAAUCUAUAGAUAUAGAUAUUGUAUCAUUGAUCGUGAACAGUAAUUGUCUAUUUAUUUUGUAUAAUUCUAAUGAUUACUAGAAAAAAAAGAGAUCAUAUUAUUCAUUUGAUGUUACAUCAAGUUGAAUAAAAUUUUAUAAUUAUGUCUCCAUAUCAUA